UAUAAAGAAACCAGAGUCUCAACUGGGUCCUAAAUAUUCAUGUUUACUAAAUAUGUACAAACAUGCAAGGUCAUGCAGAAGAAUACCUGUAUAGUGCUGCUCUGACUAGUUUCUGAAAAGAUACAAUGCAGUGAACUUUGCUAGAGGGCUCUAAAACUUAGCUUCUUUGCUGGUUGUGAGCUCACAAUGGUAUUUCAAUAAAUGAGUCGUGAAUGGCUAAGCCAGGCUAUUAAAGAGAAGGCAAAAAGAGAGGAGGGGGAAGGAAGAAAAGAAAUAAGGUGUAGAAGAAAAAGAGACCAAAAGCAGGGACUGAAAUUUUGCAUUCUAGGAGCACGCACUUAAUUCAGGUGGAUUCCGUGCAGCGUUGGAUGGAGGACUUGAAGUUGAUGACAGAUUGCGAAUGUAUGUGUGUUCUUCAGUCCAAACCAAUCAGCGCAGAGGAGGAUGCACAGAGUGAUCUUAUCCUUUCAUCACCACAUAGUGCAUAUGGUAACUUGCAGUUACUGUUAAAAAGAGCUUGGAUUAUAAGCACGGAAUUGACCAGGAUUUCUCAAAAGCUGGAGAAGAACAGAUGGCAGAGAGUUCAUGGCAUGACACUGAGAGUCAAUUGUCACAUACGUUCAAUGAUAAAUGAAUGUACUAGCUUCACUAGAAAUUCCUCAGAAGAAAUGCACCAGAUUGAAAAGCUUUUAAUUGAAAAAUGUUCAGAAUUUACAGCAGUCACGGAAAGAUGCAUACAAACUGAAGAUGAACAGACAUUACGGUCCAUGAAAUCUUAUAUUAAUGAAAUAUUAACCACAAUUGCACAGUGUUUUGGCCAGUUGAUAGAAUUGGUCUUAACAUAUGAGAUACAGAACCUUGCGAGACAAAUAAAUUCGUCAGAUGAUAUAUAUAUCAUAGAGUCAUCUACCAGCGGUUUAUUCAGUCUCACUCAAGAAGGUGCUCAGUUGUGCCGCAUCAUAGCCAAGGAAGGAGGUGUUAUCGCUCUCUUUAAGAUCUGCCGCCAAGAUUGUUUCAGGUGCCUUUAUCCCCAGACUCUUAGAACACUGGCAUCCAUAUGCUGUGUGGAGGAGGGAAUUUACCAGCUGGAAAAGGCUGAUGGGAUAUUAUGCUUGGCUGACAUUCUUAUGGAUAGUACCCAUUCUGAAGCCACUCAUGCUGAAGCAGCAGCAGUCAUUGCACAGAUUACAUCUCCACAGCUCUCUGUCUCUCAGCAUCUCAGCAGCUUUCUGGAGAACAUGGAGGACAUUGUUACAGCACUUGUCAAAUUGUGCCAAGAGGCCUCAUCUGGUGAAGUUUUUCUUCUAGCUUCAGCAGCACUUGCCAAUAUUACGUUUUUUGACACAAUGGCUUGCGAGAUGUUACUUCACUUGAAUGCAAUGAAAAUUCUUCUAGCAGCUUGCACUGAUAAGCAGAUAGUCGAUACACCAUAUUCUCGAGAUCAGGUUGUGACAAUAUUAGCAAACAUGUCUGUGCUGGACCAAUGUGCAUCAGAAAUCAUUCAAGGAAAUGGUGUGCAACUUUUAAUGGAAAUGCUCUUUGAGAGAUCAUCUUCUGGGAAUUCAGCAGAAGUUGCUGCAUGUGAGCGUGUUCAGCAGAAAUCUGCGGUCACUCUGGCCCGGCUCAGCCGAGACCCUGAAGUAGCACAUGCAGCCAUAAAACUCAGCUGUAUUCCUCGCCUCAUAGAACUCUGCAGAUCACCCACAGAAAGAAAUAACAGUGAUUCUGUUCUAGUGGCCUGUCUGGCAGCCUUGCGAAGACUAGCAGUUAUGAGUCCUGAUGGCCUCGAGGAGUCAGAUUUCCAGCAGUUGGUAAAGCCUAGACUUGUGGAUUCCUUCUUGCUGUGCACAAAUAUGGAAGAGAGCUUUGUAUAAAUGGCUAAACAGCCCCUCAAAGCAAUCAAAAUAACACAUAAUAUAGUUCUGGUAAUAUUAUUUAUGAUUAAUUUAUUUUAAAGCUAUUAAGGUCUGGUAUGUAAAGGGAAAGAAAUGGAAAAAGCAGUCUUUUAUCUGUGAUUUGAGCAAGUAAUUUCCUCCCUGUUUUUUCUGCAAUAGUUAUGGACAUCAACAGUUCAGAAAAUUAUGAUUAUAACUGUUGUCAGUUUAGUGUGUAGAUUUGGGACCAGAUUUUCUUCUUGAUUACAUUGAUGUGAUGAGAUUUCAUCAUGAUAACUAGGGAGAAUUUGGUCCCUUGAUUUUAUCACAGCCAUUUUUUUUGUAAUUACGGUACUAUUAAGUGGUCCAAAAGAUUUGUUAGUGUAAUGUACUCAUGUCACAGAAGUUGAUUCUUAACAAAUGCAAAAAUAAAUUUGAAUACAGAUGAAACAAUAUGAUCUGGGCACAAAAUUCUGAAGUCUGAUUGCGGUAUGCUGAUAUAUUGAAUAUGUGGUCCUAUUUUUUUGUAAACAAACAGAACUGUAAGAAUAUCUGCACAGAAUUAGGUACUCAAGAUAUGUAAGAAAUACCUUAUUUUCAAAUAUCACAUUUUCAAAGCUGAAUUUUGAGAUUGCAUAUGCAAAUGCUGGCAUUGAGUAUAGGGUGUUUUUUUGAGAAGUGAUUUGUACAGUAUACAAAUGUUGAACUUUAUAGAUUAUAUAGUUAUAUGUCAUUAUUUUCCAUUUUAUUUAGAUGAAUUAAAAUCCAGAAAAAUGGUAAUUUGUAAAAACGGGUACAAAGAUGUACCAGAAUUUUCUAUCCAAAAUGUUUAAAUAGCCACAAAAACCUUAGUAAGUCACACAAAUCAGAUUUCAUUUCAUUCCAUGGUUGUAUGUGAAUUUCUGUUAUGUAAAAGCAUUGGCAUAUUUUAAUGAUUCAAGCCAAUGCUUGUUUGAAAGUAUUGCAUAUAUUUUAAAAAAAACAGGUAAAUAACUUUGACUGAAUUCUGUUUUCUUAGCUUGUCAUUUUUCUUUAAAAUAUUGAGCGGGAUUUAAAAAAUCACUCAGAACUGGCAGAAGAAAAUUCCAUUCGCAGAUGUUUCCAUAGAGGGUAGAAUUCCAUUUUUCCAUUCAAAAUGUUUGAACUUUGAAAUGUUUCAGUUAGCUUCUAUUUCUCUCUAGUAACUCUGAGGUGAUAUUUUGUUGCCAUUUUCUGUUUAUUUGCAAAUACUGCCCUGAAUAAUUUGUGAUGAAGCAGGUCUGUGGUGCUAGGACUUUUGUGAAAAAAUGUAAAGAAAAACCCUACUUCUGGAAUUCACCUCACAGAAGUGCUAUGGUGCUAAAUCUAUUAAUAUUUAUUUAGUGUUUUGAUAUUUGAAUGAAUGGCAUCAUGAAAGUAUGAAAUUGUCAUCAUCUUCCCAGUUUUCAUGAAAGAUGCUUCCCACUUUCAUCCUAUGUAUGACAAAGGCCAGUUCAUUUCCAGUUGCAUAGGAGUUGUAGAAGAAGUUUUUUUUCUGACAUCUUCCUAGUGUUGUCUUAGGUCAAACAUAUAUUUAGCCUAGAUAGGGUUAAACACACCUUGUAUAAAUAUUAGUGCACACACAUGCACACACAUAUCCACAACACACACAUGUGGAGUGACUACUGCCUUAAGCAACCACUCAAAGUUCAGACAAAAAUCAGUUGCUUUGUUGAGUUGCUUUUCUUUACAAGGAGAGAGAAAUCCUGCUUCCUAUAUAUGAUUAUUUUGAGGUAGUCCUCUAAGACAUGACCUUGCACUGUAAGGCUCGGUCUAUUGUAAAAGUUUAAUUAUAUUAUAUCAGUGAGUCUGGCAUUUUUCUCACUAAAAACAAAUAUGUAUUAUAAGUGACAUACUUGAAUGGUGAAAUCCUGAUGUAAAUGGUAACUUGGCUAGUACAUAUAGAAUAGUAGAUUUUACUACAGAGAUCCUAUUAAGAUGUUAUAAAUUAUCCUCACUCUAAGUACCAAAUUCUGCUUUUUUCCUGCUUUUGUAAACCUGAUUUCAUUGUCUCUAAUUUAACAUCAGUUGUUCUGAAUUUGCAUUUGUUUAGCUAACAGUAAAAUUUGUCCCAUAAUGUGUUCAAGUCAACAUCUGCAUUUAAAAUGGAUAGUUGCAAACUCCCUGCCAUUGUUUUGCUGAAAAACAUGCAAGAGCCAGAAGGGACUAGUUCAUUGGUAUGGUACCUUUUAUGCCUAUGUAAAUCUAAAGGGAUUUUUAUAUAAGUACCAUAGCUAUCCAUAAAAAAUAAGGAAGUCCAUUUCUCAUGUGCACGAACACCACUUCAUAUUAUUUUAGACUGACAAAGUUGCCUUCAUACAGGUACAAAUGAAAUUUAUGUUGACAGAAUCAUAUGAUGUAGAACAAUAUACAUAACUGAUUUUUUGUAAUUUAAACUUAAACAUUUAAAAAAACAUUUCAGGCUGACCCAAAAGAGAACUUUCCCAAAUUUUUUGGUGAAUUGAGGAGUUGAAAAAAAUUGUUUCAUAUGGAACAAAAGGUUUGUUUUACCUAAAAGAAAAUGUUUGAUUGUAAUUUGAGCUUGUAAAAAUAUUUGGUUUUGCAUGAAAUUAAAUUAAAGUAAUUUUGAAUUGAAAAAAAAAGAAAUAUUUAAUUUCAAAGAUGUCAAUGAAAACAUUUAGAUUCUUUUCCAGAUUUUUUGUUUUGUUUUUGUGUGACUAGAAUAAUUUAGUGAAUACAGCAUAGAUUUGACUCUGGGAGCUUGUAUGUCUUAUGUCUACACUGCAGUUUUACAGCCCUGCAGUCUGAGCCUUGAAGUCAGCUGACAUGUGCCAGCCACAGGUGUCUUUUUGCAGUGUCAACAUACUCCAAGCAUCACACAGGCAGGAAAAUGCUUUGAUGUACAUCUACUGGUAACUCUUUGGAAGCACAUCUAGUCAGUAAGAGUUGAUAGAAGGAGUAGAAACAUCUCAGAGCUGAUCCAGAUGGAGCAGAAAUAAUAGUAAAGGGUGCAGUGGUAGACCUAGUAUAAAGGGAGAAAAUCUAUUGAAAAACACACCCAAACAAUUUUUACACCAACCACAUACUGGAUCACAAGUGCCAUAUUGAUUCACAAUACCCAUUUAGUCAACAGCUCUCAAGACCUUAUCCUAUCUUCCUAUAAGAAAAAUUAGAAAUCUAAGCAAAGAUCUAGGUUAAAAAAAUAUUCUGAAACAUGUUGGACAGGAUUUCUGUUUCAACCAAACAAUAUAAUUGCAGAAAGCCAAAAUAAAAUCCUUAUAGCCACUGGUCCUGACUUUUUACUGCCAUGCACCAUGAGAGGUCACACAUACUUGGUUGAAGUGAGUGCAAAAAGGUAUAAACCAAUGUCACUAAGAUCUGGUAUCAUUUUAUAUCUAAUUUGAAUAGGCUAAAUGACUACAAAAAGUGCAGGACAGUGAAGAAUCAGAUCAGUGUCCCUAAUUGUAUAAUCAGGCAUACUAUUGUAAACCCAGAAUAACUGAUUUUUACUGAGUUAUUCUCAGUUUGCACAUAUGAACCACAUUAUUGGGCCCUGUAUACUCAGUUUGUAUGGGCACAUAUAAAUACUGUUGUUUACAGUUUGGGAACAAAUAUAUUUCACUGAAACUAUGGUAUAUUGGAACAAAUUCAGACCUGCUAGAACAUUAUUGGAGUUGCACAUGUUGAUACUAAGUCUGAAUUUAUUUAAUAAAUUUAAAUAUUCCUUUCAUAUACAGUAGCAUUACUCAGAAGACCUAAAAGAUUCUAGUGGGACAUAUGUAAUGAAAAAUCUAUGCAAUUUCAUUUUUUUUCAUGAACAUUUUGAACUGACUCUAAGUGAACUUCCCAUAGGAAUAUGUGGUGUCAGAAGAUAACCUAUUGUCUAGAAAGCUUUACUUGUAUGCACCUAAGUGCUUCAAAAACCAACCACUCUGCAUUGCAGUACAACCUGUACAGGCCAGCCAAAAGAGGGGAAGGGAGUGGGGAAAGAAGACAAAGGGGGUAACUGCCCCGGGGCCUGGCAAUUCAAAAAGGCCUGGGGCACUGGCCAGAACCCUAGGGUUUUUAAAUUGCUGCUGGAGCCCGGCAUGGGGCACUGUUGGUGGCACUAAGGCCUGGCUGGGGUUGGGCACAGAGUGCUCCAGGCAGCACUGAGGGCUGGCUGCCUCAGCCCUGUCCCUUCCAACUGAGGCCUCACCUCUUCUGAGAGUGCAGAGCCAACCUCUCCACCUUGCCUAGGGCCUAGCAAGUCUGUGAGCCCCCCUGAAUCUGUGUACUGUGUUAUACUUGAUUCAUUGUAUUGUACUCUAAUUCUCUGAAAAUUGAUACACCAUUGGUAAAGUAUAACUCUCAGUUAACCAGAAUGUUCAUUUCACUGGCAUCCCCCAUUUUGUAAACAUACUGGAUAAAAGAGCUUUUGCUGAAAUUGUAGCCAUGCUGGUCUUUUCUUUCUCACUAAAAGAAACUGGUCCAGUAAAAGAUCGUCUCCUACCCAUCUUAUUUCUUAAAUAAGAAAUGACUGUUUCCAAUGAAAACUGUAACAUCAUAUUUCUUAUCAGGAAAACAGGGGGUAUGUCUACACUACCCCGCUCGUUCGAACU